UUCCUGCUGUGCUCGCCUGGCGGGUUGUUUCCUUUGAACUUUCUCCAUUGCAGCAUCUCUUCCAGCAUCCAGCGCACUCGCUGGCUCGCUCCAGGCAUCUGCCAGAAAUGGAUCAGCUCUCCUGGAAAGCCUUGUGCUUCUCGCUUUUCGAUUACAAAACCGAAAAGUAUGUCAUUGCAAAGAACAAGAAAGUGGGCAUUCUCUACCGGGUGGUCCAGCUCUCCAUCCUGAUCUACAUCGUGGGGUGGGUCUUCAUCGUCAAGAAAGGGUACCAGGAAGUGGACACCUCCAUCCAAAGUUCGGUGAUCACCAAGGUGAAGGGGGUGGCCUUCACCAACACCUCGGAGAUGGGCAAGAGGAUUUGGGACGUGGCGGACUACGUCAUGCCCCCACAGGGUGAAAGCGUUUUCUUCGUAAUGACCAAUUUGAUCAUCACCCCCAACCAGCAGCAAAACACCUGCGCGGAGAGCCCCAGUAUUCCAGAUGCCGUGUGUUACCGUGACAAAGACUGUCCUCAAGGGGAAGCAGUGAUAUCCGGCAAUGGUAUCAAGACUGGACACUGUAUAAAAAUUGGGAACAAUAUCAGCGGGACGUGCGAAAUCCUAGCUUGGUGUCCAGUGGAGAAGAAAGACGGAACAAAGUCAGCUGUUCUGGCCGAUGCUGAGAAUUUCACCAUUUACAUCAAGAACACCAUCCGUUUCCCCAAGUUUAAUUUUUCCAAAACCAAUGUCCUGGACACCAAAAACAACGCCUAUCUGAAGACGUGCCGCUAUGGAGCAGACCAGCCCUAUUGCCCCAUCUUCUCAUUGGGGAAACUGGUCAGCUGGGCCGGGAGCAGCUUUCACGAGAUGGCGUCAGAGGGCGGUGUGAUUGGAAUCCAGAUUGAAUGGGAUUGCAACUUGGAUAAAAAGCCAUCCGAAUGCAACCCUUGCUAUUCUUUCAGUCGCCUAGAUAACAAAUUUGCGGAGAAGUCGGUCUCCUCUGGAUACAACUUCAGAUUUGCCAAGUAUUACCGGAGCGUGGCUGAUAUCGAUUUCCGAAUGCUGAUCAAAGCCUACGGGAUCCGCUUUGAUAUCAUGGUGAAUGGCAAGGCAGGAAAAUUCAACAUCAUCCCGACGGUGAUCAAUGUGGGAUCCAGUCUGGCGCUAAUGGGAGUGGGCGCGUUCUUCUGCGACUUGGUCCUGCUGUAUCUUCUCCGAAAGAGCCAGUUUUAUCGAGGGAAAAAAUACGAGGAAGUGAGGUCAAACGCCAAGAAAUCUUUACCGGCAAGUACCAUCAACGGGAACCAGACUGGGAACCAGAGUGAAGAUUCUUUAUCCCGAUUGGAUCAGCUCGAACACCUACAGACGGCUGAGACCUAAAACCGUGCCUUUCUCUUUAGACCCUCCUUUGCAAAGUCGUCAGUCAUUAAGAGAAACUACGGACCACAGAAGCUGCAAGAAAAGAUGCGUUUUCAGCUUCUUAUGUCCUUAUUUUUUGGAAUCCGGAGCCAACGCGUAUCUGUCCACGUUGCAGGAUUUUAACUUUUUGAAAUCAAAACCAAACACCAGAAAAUCUUGCGUUAAGGAUUGUAGUUGCGUGGUGGAUAUCAGGUGGUCUCUCUUUGUGUGGCAUCUGGAUAACCUAACACAGCUGUUCUUAGCCUGUGAAAUUUAUGCCAAAAGAGCCACCGAUGAUUGGAGGAGACAGUUGUCCACAUUGAAUUAUUAUUGUUCAGCAUGCAGUCAGCCAGAUGUUCAGACUGGAUUUGACACCCACCUGUCGAGUCCUUCCCAAGGACCCGGGAUAGGCAGAUGUGGAUGUUUGAUGGUGUUUAGAGAUAUUGUUGCAGGACGUCAGCUGUUCCCAAUGAAGCUGCCUUUUGCAAUUGACCGAUGGGAGAAUUUGUCAGCACCGAUAUCAUUCAAGGGGUGCUCCAGAUGUUUUGGAUUGGCUUAUUAUGGUUCUUUGCAUAGUCGGCCAGAUGUUCAGUCUGGAUUUGGCCUUUUUGUCUGCCCAAGGACCUGGGAUAGGCAGAUGUGGAUGCUUGAAUGGGGUUAAAAGUUUCACCACAGGAUUUAAGCUCUUCUGGGUAAAGCUGCCUUUUGCAAUUGACUGAUGGUGAAUUUGUCAAUGGCAAUGGCAUUCAAGGGGUGCUCCAGAUCAGGGCUUUUCAACCUUUUCACCUAUUGUACCACUUUUAGGAUAUGGCAAUAUCCGAGUACCAC